UCGCCAUCACCAACAUUAAGCCACAAUCUGAACCACUGUCCAGCCCAGUCAAUCCAUCCAGUCUCCGCCUCUCAGUACCUUACUCCGUACCGGUAUCCCAUUCGCCGUCCCUCCUCCUAAGCAGGCAGUGACAGGGUCCGUCCGUACGGUGUACGGAGUACGGACAGUGUGGACGGAUACCUGAUGGGAUUAUCGACAGGAAAGGGUAAAGACCGUCCGUACCUAAACUGUGGUCUGUAGGCACCGAAAUAAUUCAAUCCUUCUUCCCGCCGUCUCGGGUCUCUGCUUGGCUUAGGUUGGAUCUUUGGUCGCACCUGGUCCCUCCCCUACCAUACCUUAGCACCCCUCGGCCUCCAUCCACUCGCUGGCGCCCAUAUUCUACGUGCCUACGGAGUACGUUCUUGGACUUCCUUGAUGACCACGACGGGGCCCACGAGUGUUGGUUGCAAUCUUCUUCCCUCUUUUUACUUUCUUGCCUCGCACUUGUUUGCUUGCUUGCUUGCUUGCUUCCCUUCACUUCAUCAACAAGGCGGGCCAUCUCACGAAUAUUCCAAACCAACAAGCCAAAACGAGUGUUGGAACCAUCUAUUAUUAUCACAUCACUCACAUACAUACUUACGCAAGCAUCUCUAGCCGCGUAAUCGCUCACUUCAGCUUCUCUGCGCUGCGGACUGCGGUAUACGUACCCCCGUCCACGUCUAGCGACCACUCACAGUCGCACUUCACCCGCCAACUGAGCCCCGCCGCCCGCACAACCUGGCUCAUCCGCUUCCGAUAUUCACAACGCCGACCCCGAGUCCCGACUUCUCAUCACCACCUCCGGUCCUUGCUUAGAGCCGCCUUGCCAACACAAUCCCCGAUUAUGUUACUGUGAAGAGCUUCUCAUAGACGUGUUAUCUAAUUCUCACGAGCUGCGCUCACUUGCUCUGGCUUCGACUCCCUCACAUCUCACCCCCGCCUCGCUGGUGAGGGGCUCACCUCUUUGUCCUUAACCUGCACAGUGUUUCAAUCGCCAACAUGGAAGGCAUUCGUUCCACUGGCGGCUACAUGCAGCGGCGCCUGAGUCGUCUGUAUAAUGACACAAAGAAGUCUUCAGACUUUGUUCAGGAACCAGUCAAGGCCCCCGAGGACCCUGAAAUCAAGUCGCUGUUCAGAAAGCUCCGCAUCCAAAAGGACCGCGUAUCGACAUGGGGUAUCGAGUGGACAGAUCCUAACCAGUCGGAUGAGAUUGAUAGCUCACUAUCAAAAGCCGGCCUGAGUGAGGUUGUUCACAGCAUCCUCUCGACUGUUCGAGAGACGCUAUCAGAAUUGGAUGCGCUAUGGAAGAGCUACACCAACCCGCUAGGCACCGUCUCAGAAAAGUCGGCAGAUCGCAAGACCGCCUUUGUAACUUGGGACAAGGCAGUAUUCGCAGAUGCCAUUGGAGACCUCACUCAGUCCGUCGACACACUUUACGACCUUUCUAGAACACGCUCCUCUGCCCAGAUGUCGUCGCGUUCCAAGCUUGAAAAGUCCAUGGCUUCCACUGAGGAGCUGCGGCCUUUUGAGUCCACCAGGAUGCAGACGCCUCAAGAAAUCGACCCGACCACAUUAACAAACAUUCGGUCCAUGCAGGCGGAGCCCAUGACAGAGUCGAAGGUUAACCUUCCUCCACGCGAUAUUGUCUUCAUGAGCAAGCAGGCCUGGUCGGAUCUAUCGCAACACAUUGGUCGCCAACCCUUUGCGCCGCUCUUGUUGGAGUUUGCAACGUUCGACUCCAUGUACGCCAUCACGGGAAUCAUGCCUCCCAUGUCACGCUUUGAGAAGCUGUCGGCCGGCUUGCAGCAGGACUCGCAGAGGGCCCCGGGUACUUGGAUCGGUCUGCCGAGACUGCUGGGUUAUUUCGAGGAUUUGGAGCACGCCCGCCUUGGACUCGUCUAUCACUUCCCGCCCAACUUCAACGCCGUCUCUUUUGAAAACUUUACGCAAAAUCCUCUCUACAAUGUUUGCACGCUCGCCGAUCUGUUGUCGCGACCAGACUUUGAGCCGACCUUGGAGGCCAAGUAUCGCUUGGCUUCCAAUCUCGUCAACACCGUAUUCGACUUGCACGCCCGAGGCAUUACCCACGGCUGCAUAAUCGACAAGAACGUAUCUUUCUGCAACAUGUCUACGCCCGACUUGACCACGGGUCCCGGCGAGGUGGACAUUCGUCGGCCUCUCAUCUCAUCCUUUGAUCUGUUUCCAGAUGCUCCAUCAGAUGAUGAACCAGUCUCGCCAUCGCUGCCCCUUUUUCGACACCCUCUGGACCCUCGCACCACCCCAGCAUCACCCAUCAACGACAAGAUGGACUCUCGUAUCCUCGAUCUGUACUCUCUCGCCAUGGUUCUGUUGUCUAUCGGUCUUUGGACGAAGCUCGAUAACCUCGUGCCCGAUCCGAAUCAGCCAAUUCCUGAGUCAGUAUUGAACCAGCUAGGAAUUCGUUGCUCUACCCUUUACAAGAGGGCUGUAGAGACCUGCUGGACGGCGGUUGAUAUGUCGCUUCAAGGGAAUACCUCUGACGAGGAGCUUCUCUCGGCCGUGCAGGUCAGCGUGACGCGCUACCUAGACUCGUGCGCCAUUCUAGACAACAUUAGUUCUCUUGAAGACCGCCUCAACCUCGACCUUGGGAAGAAGACUUCCGUGUCCCCUAUCGGCACGCCCACUCGUCAGAGCAUCUCAGGGCCCUCAAAGGAGGCCAAGGUGGUGGCGACCCGACCGUCCGUCGACACUCGGGGCUCCUCGGUUGAUACCAAGACGCCCAUUUCGGAACCCAGCUCCGCGCGCCGUUCAUACCCCUCUGCUGCAGAUGAGAAGCGGCAGCUUGCCAGGCAAGAGGUUCAAACCGGCCCAGUGGAGCUCCCUGCGGAGUCAAAGCCUGCCAAAGCACCGUCUCCCAAAACCCGUCUCUACCCGCAGAUUCCCUUGCCUCCCGAUGCUGUGGAGAAGUGGAACACACUUGUGAUGCCUCAAGUCAACCAAGCACUGCGCCACUUUUACCGCAAAAACCGCGAGGAGUCGGUCGAAGUUUCGCUCGAGUCCAUCGGCAGUUCGCCAACAAGAACACAGCCGACGGUUCUGGUUGUGUGCACGUCUGUCAGCAAAGUCAAGGCCAUCCUGACGCGCAAGUUGGGCGAGCUUUUCGAGGGCAAGUCUGGGUUCGGGUUGAAGGUUUGCAAGGGACAGGUCCUGAGGUCACGAAAGCAAGGCGGCGACCCCAAACGAAGCGCAGCACAGGAAGAGGACGAUGAUGACGACGCAGUCAAGGCAGCCAACCCUGAUUUUCAGGCGCGCCCAAGCAAUGGCGCAAGUAUCGGAGCUUGGGUGGGGGACCGCCACCUGCCGCCCGUUAGCUUGGGCGGCCUUGUUCUAGUCGACGACAAGCCGUAUGGGAUGACGGUCCAUCACAUGCUGGACGAUCCCGAGGAGAUUUACAAGCAUACGAAAGCCCAGGAUCCGACCAUGCGUAGUAUGGCGAGAGAUGCUGAAGACGUGCGUUUCGACUGGUACGCAGAGUCGUCGGCAGAAAGCAGCGGCGGAGAAGACUACGCUUGCGAGUUUUCGGAAUCAGAGGAGUCCGUAGCGUAUUCGGAGACGGACGUUACUAGCGAUGCGUCAGAUGAGGAGGAUAGUGGUGACGAGUCGGAAGGCGAAUAUGACCAGCCCGGCGAUAUUCCUGGUGUUGAGCCGGGCUGUGGCGACGGAUACAUCAUCACGCAGCCCGCCAUGGACGACGUCGACGAGGAGUUUUAUGCUUCAGCAGAGACAGCAAACGAAGAUCAUUUGGACAGCUUUACCGUUGGCGAGGUUUACGCAUCGAGCGGCAUCAAAAGGAGGGAGCAGAACGGACUGAUCCACGAGAUUGACUGGGCCCUUUUCGAAUUCGCCGAGGAGAGACUACCCGAGGACAACUCGAUACCCAGAAUCCAGAGCAAGCAGCUGUCGCCUUCGUACGGGAAAUUCCCAUCAAAGCAGGGGAAGGUUAUGCACCCCAUGACCGUUGCGCCUACCACAGCGCUGCCUGGCCUGGAAGUGCAGUGCAUGGCGCGUACCAGCGGCCUGCAGACGGGUCUCAUUCUGCCCGCCCUAACGAGCGUCAAGAUCUUUGGGCGGACGACGCCUAGCCACACGUACCAGGUCAGCAGUGCCGCUACCGAGACGCCUGCCGAGUUGACUGGCGGUGGCAAGAGGCAACCCAUGGGUAUCCCUGGAGACAGCGGCGCUUGGGUUGUGGAGCGCGCCCACGGGCGAGUUUGCGGGCACGUCUUGGCGUGGAGCGGGCGGAAGCGCGUUGCGUAUAUUUGCCCGAUGGACGUCUUGCUUCUGGAUAUUGCGGAGGCUCUUGAGGCACGCGAAGUCGGUUUACCCGGCGGCGAGCCUGUUGUGAGUCUGAAAGGGCGGGACGAGGAGGACGAGGAAGAAGAUGGGGGGACGUAUAGAGACGACGAGCCUUCCUCAUCUCCUUUUUUAGACCCCAAAGAUGAUGAUGAUUUGGAUGUUGUUUCUGAAGAGGGAGACGAUGACGAGCUGCCUGUUCUUGUUCGCUCACGCGCCCCUCCACGAGGACGCGGUACGAAGAAGGAAGAAGGCCAACAACGCCACGACCAAGACCAGAAGCAGGAGGAAAUGGGCCAUGAGCAAGAGAAGAAAAAGCAGGAUGGCACAUCGCAGGAGCGGGAAAAGUUUUCAUCGGGCGAGAAUCAUGAUUUAUCACGCAGGAUGGAGUCUAUGGGCAUUGGCAGGAGUCGCAUGGGCGUCGGCAUGUGUAGCUGACUGGCUGAGGGCCUCGGGGUGCGUCCCGCACCCUGUAUUCGGAAUACCCC